UCGCAUUCGUCACUCAUCUCUGAACAACGUUUCUGGGUGUACCGUUGCAUGCUUGGUUUUUCGAAAGUUGAGAGAAUCUUUGGUGCAACAUGAUGGAUGCUGAUAUUGCAGAGGCGUUACUCGACGACGCCCUCCAGCCGGGCUUCCUACCUGACGUCAGCACGCUUGUCGGUCGUCUAACGGUGGCCGGCGAAUCUGCAAGCUCCAAUUUUCCGACUGAGCCGGCUUUGGACAUCUUCGAGCAACCAAAAUCGAGGGGAUUUCGUUUCCGUUAUCCGUGUGAAGGCCCUUCUCAUGGAGGUCUGCCGGGAGCAUCAUCGACAAAAUCUCGUAAAAGUUUCCCUACCGUUCAGUUGUUCAACUACGAAGGUAGAGCAAGGAUCGUUGUCUCUCUUGUCACGCUUGACAAUCCACCUCGUCCUCACGCUCACAGUCUUGUGGGCAAGAACACUCGAAAUGGACAAUGUAUAGUUGAACUAGGACCAGAACAAAAGAUGAGCGCAUCCUUUCCUAACCUUGGCGUCCUGCACGAAACCAAAAAGAACGUUCCUCGAGCUCUGUUGUUCCGUUACGCAUGGGACAAGUUCAGUCAGCUAGAAAGAGCAGGCAGCUUGCCGCAAGAUCUCAUUCAACAAGCUGCUGCUGCUGUUCCGGAGAUUGACGGCGAAGUUGUUGAUGUAGAAAAUCGCCCUCUUCCUCCUCUGCCAGAGGAGGUGAUGCAGCCACUUCGUAAGCAGGCUGAUGAAGAUGCUAAAAAUAUGAAUCUGAGUGUUGUACGUCUCUGCUUUCAAGCAUUUCUUCCUGAUGACAGUGGUUCAUUCACUCGUGCUCUUCAGCCAUGUUUAUCUGAUCCAGUUUAUGACAGCAAGGCUCCAUCUGCAUCUACCCUAAAGAUAUGUAGACUUGAUAGGAACUCCGGUGGUGUGAAUGGUGGAGAUGAAGUCUUUAUGCUAUGUGAUAGAGUUCAAAAAGAUGACAUUGAUGUCAAAUUUUUUGACAAGAACUCGUCAUUGUCUCAAAGUGCUAGCUUAUGGGAAGCAAAUGCAUCUUUUUCUCCGAAUGAUGUGCAUCGUCAGUAUGCUAUUGUGUUCAAAACUCCUCGUUACUGGAAUAUAAGCAUUACACGACCAGUUGAAGUGUUCAUGCAGCUUCGACGCAGGUCAGAUGGUGAAGUUAGUGAACCUAAAGUGUUUACAUAUCAGCCAGCUGAGUAUGAUGCUGAACAAAUUGGCAGAAAACGUAAGAAGCGGAUUCCUAAUUUUUCUGAUGCCUUUGAUGGCAGUUUAAAGACUUCUGGAAUGUCUGUGCCUUCUGAUGUCAGCUCUUUAUUUAGCUUGUCAGGUUUUAUGACUGUGCCCAUGGGUACCCAGCAAGAGCAAGCUGCUAGUGUUUCUAGUUUGAUGCAACGACCAGUUGCCAAGCCAAGACGUUCAAAACAGCCUCAGCAACAAAAUGGGCAAACUACAGUGGAAGGUAUGGACAUCUCUGUUCAGGAACCAAUUCCACCCGUUGCGAUGUCAUCAUCAUCUGCAUCUAUGUUGUCGCAACUGCUAGAAACGAACGAUAAUGAUGCCGAUGAACGACCACUGACUCAACUGAGUGGUCUUGCUCAAGAGCAGAUGAUGGUUGCAAUCAGUACAGCUCUUCGUAGCUAUGCUACUUCAAACGAUCCUCGUUAUCUGAUGCAUCCUCACAAACUUCUGAUAGGUGGUCAAGAUGAUCAUGGUGAUACUGCUCUUCAUCUUGCAAUUAUUCAUGCUCGCUCUCAGGCAUUAGAAGCUAUCUUAUCAACAAUGCAAACAUUGCCAAAGCAACUGUUGAAUCUGCUGAAUAAUUUAAUGCAGACUCCUUUGCAUUUGGCUGUGUUGACACGCCAAUCAAAGGUUGUAGAGCGCUUGGUCUUUGCUGGAGCUGAUUUGACUGUACCAGAUAGAAGAGGCAACACCCCUGCUCACUUAGCUUGUAAAAAAGGGGAUGCUCAAUGUCUGCAAGCCUUACUUAGGAGACCAGAUCCAAGCGAGGGUCAGUCCAAGUAUCCUGACCUUCAACGCACAAACAAUGAUGGUCUUGCACCGGUACAUUUAGCUCUUUGUUCAAAGAACAGUGAUUGUCUACGACUACUGCAGCAGUGUGGAGCAGACAUGAACAUCAUGGAUGCUAGGAGUGGUCGCACUGCACUUCACCAUUCUGUUGAUAUUGGUGACCUAACUAUGGCUGGUGUUCUCAUUUCUGAGAUUGGUGUAGAUGUUGACUUCACUGACUUUAAUGGAUCAACGCCAUUGCAUCUUGCUUGUGCAAAGAACGACAGAAGCUUGUGUGCUCUUCUUGUUGCUGGUGGUGCUGAUGCUAGUGUCAUGAACAUGAGCAAUGAGACACCACCACAACUCGCGUCAUCUCAAGAGAUCCGACAGCUUUUUGAAGAUGCGGUAAAAGCCAAGAAAGAAGGAAAGCUGCCACCUCAGUAUGUUUUGCCAAAGUUUUCUGCAGGAUACCAGAUGUUUCCAGUAGCUAAAACAGUUGCUCAGACUCUCAGCACAGCUGUGGAAGCAGCAGCUAGUCAAGGAAUUAGUUCCCAGCAGACACAAGGUGGAGGCGGCCUUAGCCAACUUGACUAUGUAACCCGUCUGAAGCUUGCUCUUUUGUUGGAUGUGAAACGGCCAGAUGAGAACGAUUGGCGGACAUUGGCUAGAAAACUAGGAGUUGGUUCGCUGAUUGAAGCAUGUGAUGCACAGAAAAGUCCAACUCAAAUUCUUCUUCAACAUCACACGGCAUCGGGUGGUUCCUUGCAAGCUCUUCUUCGGGCUCUCAUGGAAAUGCAACGUCUUGAUGUUAUUACUAUAUUGCAAUCUACACUGCAGUCAGUUGGUAUGAUACCAGCUGUAACACUAGCGCCCAUUUCAACUAGUGGGCAGUCUUAGCUAUAGCAUUUGUCCUCACGCAUAUAAGCUGUGAUAGGUUGGAGUUGUUGCUGAAUGAUUGAUCAUCAGUUUAUGUGUACAGAUAGUAGUCGGUGUAUGUAUACAGACAGCAUUGUAUCUUUAAA